UCUCUGAACAGUAAUUCUUCCCUCAGAUUAUGCAUGUAUGAACUAGACAUUGAAGCAUCCAGCCCAAAGUGAGAGGUUUAAAAAAUACUUUCUUAGUCACCAAAGUACCAUGUCUUUAAACAUUUGGUUUCCAGGGGGGCAGUGCGGGCCAUGAGGAAGGUCAAAAAGUGUCUCACUCCCUGGGUCAGAAAGCUCAUAAUUAGCUGGGUCAUCGCAAGCACCAGCACCAGUGUAGAUACUACCAUGACCUGGUAGUAUAUGAGGAGCUGUAGGUCACGGGGGCAUUUGCCAAAGUCGUAGGAGAAAGCAGUUUAGGGACAGGGACUGCACGUCAAACUAAUUGCCAAAUGUAUCCAAAGAGAUUAAUUAAUGAAUUAUCUGAAUUAAUGAAUACAAUGAGGAGCAGGUUACAACAUUCUGGAACACGUGAUGUUAUAAUCAGAUUCUUCUAUUACAUCAUGUUGGGUCCAUAUCUUGUGUAUGUUUGACAGUGAACAGUAAACCCAAUUCACUUUUACAAAGCACAGCUAGCCAACUAGUAGUUUGACUUGUAAUUUGUACUGCCUACUUUUGAAAGACGAUUUCUUUAAUCAAAAUGGCACAGCUCUCCCAGAAGGGUGGGCUGUGCAACAUGAAGAUGUUAUUGUUGGCUGUUAUUUUCUGUCUCCUUUCGCCUGUUGCUGCAAAUGUGUUGGUGUCUUCAGAGCACAAGACUUUGAUGCCAGUGAAGGACCACCCUAUUCUGAACAACCCUGAUGCUACAAAAGAACAAGUUGAUAGUUUACGGGUGAAAGACUAUUCUUCUCCAGAGCACAAGCCGUUGAUGCCAGUGAAGGACCACUCUGUUCAGAACAACCCUGAUGCUACAAAAGAGACCAAUUUUAAGUCAUUGCUGGAACAACUUGAGAGUUUACGGGUGAAAGACGAUUCUUCUCCAGAGCACAGGCCUUUGAUGCCAGUGAAGGACCACCCUGUUCAGGACAUCCUCAAUGUUGCAAAAUGGACCAAAAUGGCGCAAGUGGACCAGAUGCUGGAACAACUUCAGAGGAUGAAAGAUGAUACUUUCCCAGGUAAAGCUAAAGUCCCACAGAUGAUUGUGGAGAAACGUAUUCCUUAUCUACAGGCUUACAAGCAAAAAGCAUUGCAAGGUGACAACAACGUCUUCAAAGAAAAUCUUCAGGCUCCAGCUCCAAAAGCUCAGAAGAGCACCCUGAAGAUCAAACCCAGAGUCAACAUAUUGACUGACCCUUCUUACUCCGAGCCACUUGUGAAGGUGAACCUGAUUUUGGGGCUCGUUUUCUAUGGCUUCAUCGUAAUAGUGGUUCUCUAUGAUGCUGUGAGAAUCUCCAAGGAGGCUAGAAGGCGAUCUGAUGCUAUUGCCACUGCCAGGUUGAAGAAAAGGGAACCAGCCACCGAUGAACCACAGACACUGGCAUCCAGAGUUCGGGAGAGCAUCUCUUCACGGUUUGGUUUGAAACAAGCAUCAUCCACACCACAGUGUGCCCCCAUUUCUGACGAUUCUGCAAAAGAGUUGCAGAAGUCAAAGGAGUUCAUCUCCACUAAGGACAAAUCUGAGUCGGAAAAGAGACCUGGAAAGAGUGCUGUCAGCCUGAGAGAGUGUGAGCCGCCUCUGCCUAGCAUCCCAGAUAACUUCCUUGUGCCUGACUCUGAGCCUGCCAUCCAGGUGGCAUUGAACCCAUUCAACACCAAGCUAGCCAAAGUUGUAUCUGACAAUGCUGAGGCAUCCAACUACGAGGCAACCGAGAAGCCCUGCUACACACAGUCUGGGCUCACUGAGGUUUGCGUCAAUUAA